AAUGAUUGAACAGCCGGAGAUGCCCGGAUAUUGUAUUCGAGAGUGUGUUGUUGGCCAUCGUGUGCUGAAAGAAAUAAAUGAUAUGCCUGCUAAUUCAGCUGACAACAUAGUUCAUAUAGAGGAGACUUUAAAGUCUUCCCUAAGCAAUAAGGGAACUAUUGAUCGCCAGAUUGUCUCAUCUUCAAAGAAGAUUUUAUUGUCCAAUAUAGGCUUCCAGCCCGCUGGACAGCCCUACACCCUACAGCAAGAGUCCUUGAGAGCAAAGUAUAUUCCACUGAACUCUUCAAAGAACUUUGGAUCUGAUCAUGAUCAGCACAUUGAGACCAACAUGAGUACAAAUGGGAAUAAUGUUACUGAGAGUAGUAGUGGUGAAAGCUUGCCAAGUCCAAAAAUUGUACUAUACCCUGAGGAUAAGAUUAAACUACAAUGGAAAAAACCACACAAAAUAGGAUCAGGUCUUAUCAACAUGGGAAAUACUUGUUUCCUGAAUUCCACCCUCCAGUGUCUGACUUACACUGCACCUCUAGUCAACUACUGCCUCAGUGGAGAACACAAUCAAUCUUGCAAGCAGCCAGGAUUUUGCAUGAUGUGUGAACUUCAGCGUCACAUAAGAAGAUGCUAUGAGAAUUCUGGAUCAAACAUCAAACCUCAGGCAAUUUUACAGAAACUUAAAAUGAUAGCAAAGCACAUGCACUGGGGUAGACAAGAGGAUGCCCAUGAAUUCCUGAGAUAUGUUGUAGAUUCUAUGCAAAGGUCCACUUUGAAUGGCCACACCAAGUUAGACAAAUUUAGCAAAGAGACAACAGUUGUAAACCAAAUAUUUGGAGGUUACCUCAGAAGUCAAGUUCAGUGUCUGCGAUGCAAAGAAAAGUCUAAUACUUAUGACCCAUUUAUGGAUAUAAGUUUAGACAUAAAGACUGUGCCAAGUCUUGAAAAGGCAUUUGAAAAAUAUGUACUACCUGAAAAGCUGGACUGUGACAAUGCCUACAUGUGCAAUAGAUGUAAGCAGAAGGUCCCUGCAUUGAAGAGGUUUUCCAUUCACAAAGCUCCAAAUGUUUUAACCAUAUCUCUCAAAAGAUUUGAUUAUAGUAAAAUGGUACAGGGAAAAAUUGGGAGACAUGUCCAUUUCCCAGAAAAACUGAAUUUGAGGCCUUACAUGAGUGCAAAACAGGGUGAUACAUUACUGUUUAGCCUGAAUGCUGUGCUUGUACACUCUGGUUACACAGCCAAUUCUGGACAUUACUACUGCUAUGUCAAGUCCUCCACUGGUAUCUGGUUCUGCAUGAAUGAUGCCAAUGUACAACAAGUCAGUGUGGGUCGAGUUCUGGGUGCUGAAGCAUAUGUCCUGUUCUAUACCAAAGUACACAGUGAAAGUAUAACCAAACCCAUACACACUGUGACAACUGCAAACCAUGUAAACAAAAAAUGUAACUUCAAACCUCUGAAUGGUGUAACAAGGUAUCCAAGCACUGACACCGGUGUUCCUGUUGCCAGAAGCACAUCUUCCUCUUCAAUGAUUGGUCCUUCCCUAUCUAAGUCAGACACCUCAAACACUGCUGCAGCAUCAGCCACCCCACUUCCAGAAAAAAGGGACAAAGUCGUGUUUGGUUUGAACAAGACACCAUCUCCCACAAAGAGCCCAGGAAAUUCUGACGGCAAAAGAAUCGUUAUGCAGAUCAAAAAUGGAAAAGUUACAACCUAUGAAAGGUCGCCCAAUGGCAAGUCCAAGAUUGUUAAUGGAGACAAAGUGAACUCAAGACUGGUGCCAUAUGGAGAUGACUCUGAAUCAGAUGACGAACAUGCCAUUGUGAAUGGUGGGAAACGAUCUUUGUAUGUUAAUGGGAAAAACCAAAUACUGCAAGACAUGCGUGAGAGUGAAAAACAGAGAAAUGAUCACAGAGUUGUUUUUGAUAAGAAACUGAAUGCCACCACAUCUGUGCCUGGAAAUGCUCAUUUAUUGGAAACCACCUUAAAGCAGAAGGGAGAGGUGCAUGAAAAUUCCAACAGGCAGAUUGAUGGACUGAAUCUUAUGGUGAAUAAAACUAAAGAUUGUGAAACAUCUCAGGACAGGUCAAAGACCUACAUUGACGAUAAUGGCAUCCUCUGCAUUAGUGCAAAUAGUGGAGGAAAAGUGAAGGCAACAUCUUCAAACUGGCAAGUAGACUGUGCUCCUAGUCCCUCUGUUGGCUCAUGUUCAAGUCGUGAAAGUGUGAACUCCACUUCAGGUUGGCAUAUCAAAGACAAAUCAGAUGCUCCAAAUUAUUCCAAGGUACCAGACAGACAAUACUCUGGCUGGAAAGUGUUGGAUGAAACUGAAACCAAACAUACUGAUAUUACAAAGGAGGAGGCCUCUGACAGCUCCUUAUCCGCACAAGUGAAAAAGCUGUUUGCAGCAAGCAGAGAAGAUGGUUAUAGCAAGUAUGAAACAAAUGUAUACCAAGGAAAAGAAGGCUGUGACCCAUUCUUCCAAAACAAAACUAUCGGUUUGUCUGAGAGACAACCUCUGCUGGCAGAUGUUGAUACAGAGGGGAUUGUGCCUCGCAAGAAACACAAGAAGCAUAAGAAGCACAAAAGAGAGCAUAGAAGCAUGAAAUAUGACGAGCUGGUAAAUGAGAGCAGUUCUAGUCCAGAAUCCCACAAGAAGCACAAGAAAAAGAAGCAUAAGCACAAAAAGGAGCGCAAACACUCAAAGCAAUAUAAUGAUUCUGAUGAAGAGAAACAUGGCAGAAAACAUAAGAGAUCGUAUGAUGAUUCUGAAGAGGAUUCUGGAAAGGAAAAGAGAACACGGUUGGAUGGAGAUUCAUAUGUAUGGGUGGAAAAGACCAAGGACUCACUUAAACAGAGCAAAUCAGACAGUAGUGUCUUGGUUCAGUCCUGGGAUCACCACAUCAAGGAUGGUUUCAAAAAAUCCAAGAACGGUUCAGGUGAUGGCAAGUCCUACAGCACCUGGGAUGGCAGCCGAUCUUCCAAAGUAGCAGAGGAGCUGGAGAGACAGUCCUCUGCCAAAGGCUAUGGAUCAUCAGUAAACUCAUGGGAAGGUGGCAAGAGUGUUUUGGAUACUGAAAUGGAGGGAGAAAAGCGGAAUCACAAGAGACACUGGUCUGAUGAUUAUGAGGAUGAAUUGGACCAUGGCAAAACCAAGAAAGUCAAGAAAUACCACUCUGACUGCAAUGUUCACUCUGGAUACAAUGCUUUCCAAAAAUACCAAGAUAACAGAAACUACGAAAACAAUAGAUUCAAAGGUGGUGUGAAUGGUUCUCACUCCUUCAGUGGCUCUAAUACUCAACACAGGGACUAUCGCCAUGAGGAUCAUCGCUAUUACCAACACCAUAGCCAUUCUUCCAAGUAUUCAUACUAGAAUUGAGUUCAUUGGAUGCAUGUCAACUGAAUGAAAAACUGGAAGGAGAAUAUAAGCUUUAUACUAUGGCCUGGUUUGUGAAAGGCUGCAGAGCAGCAGUGCUGAAAGACUGAUUUAAGUCAUCUUUCUUUCUUUUUUACUUUAUUGAUGAUGAUAGACUGAUUUGCAAUGCUUUCAUAAAGAGUCAUUUAAUCUAUUUUAUAUGUUUGUUGAUUAAAAGAUAAUUUACUUGAUAGUUUGUGGGCUUUCAUUUUUUUAUGAGUAAUUAGAGGUACCUUGAGGUAUAUUUCUGAAGCAAAUUAAUGUGCAGUACCACUGUAUGUAAUUGUGACACAAGUAAAGUGAUGAAAUGGUUUGAGUGUUUUAAAAAAUUGUAAUAUUUAUCUCACUGUAUAAACAUUUACAUAAUGAGGAGAUCAACAUCAAUGAUUUUGUUAAGGAAACCAUUGUAUUACACAGAAUUGUUUAGAAUAUGCCUCAUCAAAAUUUAAAUGUAAAAACCUUUUAAUAAUAAGUAAAUAUCAGUUUAGUUGGGAAAUAAUUGUGUGUAAAUCUGGUUGAUAUUGAGCACUUUUGAAUCAUAGAAGUGAUACUGUUGCUGAGUUGUGUGUUACUUAUAUAAGGUCAUAUAUAUUGUGUUCUAGAAAGUUUAUUUACUGUAGAAAAAUUUAGUUUUCCUUGGAACUUAAUCAUAGUUUUGAUAUUGGUAUGUACAAAUCAGGUUGGUCAUCUUUGUCUUUAUCAUGUUAUUUGUAAAAAAGAUUAAAAAAAAAUUCUGGAAAAAUUGUAGUCUCCAGAUAUAUUUUGCAAACUGAAUGUUGCUGAUUUUUGCAAAUGUUUCUAAAUUACAUCUCAAAAGAUAAGAAAAAUGUAUAUGAAUUCAAGUGUAGAAUCAAAAUAUUGUUUCAAAUUAUCUGACAGAAAGAUGCAUCUUUUACAUUUUGAAUGUCUCCUGUGAUUUUUAACAAUUUUCAGGGCAUGUGCAAUUGUUAGGUAAAAAAUAUCAAAAUGACAAUGCAUUUAUAGAAUAGUUUAUUUUUUAAUGAUGAAUGUAGCUAUUUGAUUCAUAUAUAGAUACUGGGUUGAACAGCCUUUCUGGGCCCCAUAUAACUCAAAAAUUUUAAAGGAAGACUAAAUUUUAUGUUAUUUCAAAAAAAGAGAUUGUGUCCAAUACAGUUUUACAUAAUUUGUUUAAAAACAUUUUCAUUAUAUGUCAAGUACAUGUAGUAUAUCAUUACAUAAACCAAAAUCUCAGGCAAUAUAUAUAACAUUUAUAUCUUUGUCCAAGGGAAGGUGCUAUUGAAGUCUUCUCACCUCCUGUGAAAUUAAGAAUGAAGUUGUGAAUUUGUAGUGACUGCUAGUUUGUGCCAUUUUUAUUUUGUUCAUGAACGCAUCUUAGAAUAUACAAGUUGGUUCAUUGCCAGUGACCGAAAUGUCCAUUCACAUACUGUGUAGACAUGCAUGUGAAGCAUUUUAGUCUGAAAGAUUUUUUACCGUAAAAAAGUCUGGAUUUUCCAAAAUGGUUGCAAGGUUAAUGAUUAUUUAUCCAGUAUGCAUGUUAAAUGAGUAUGAUGACAGCAAUGAAUCUUCUAUGAAAAUUGUAAAUUGUGAGAAUUCUGAGGAAAUCAUUUAAUUAAGCACCAAAUUUAACUGGUGUACAUAUGAUAUUUUUUAAAGUUGUCAUGUUUGCGAGAUAUUGUGUUUAUUUAUACAUUGUAUGCAAGAUGGAAUACAAUUAAAUUGUUAUGAUUAUGAA